AUGGAGGUCAUCCACGUCCCUCCAACCGACCAGCAAAAACCAGUCAACAACAUCCGCACCCGCACAAUCUUCAUCGUCGACUCUCGUCUCGACGAACCAACCUUGCGCUCCGGUCUCGAUGAUCUGAUCCGAAACCACUGGCGCAAACUCGGCGCUCGAUUGUUCACUCGUCCGGGAGACAAAAAUGGAUUGUUGGAAUAUCGUCUGCCCAAAACAUUUGAUCCGGACUACCAGUUGUUUGAGUGGUCAGCGACGGAAUAUGAUCAUGUGAUUGAUAAAUCUACGUCGUUGAAGUUCUUUAAUGAUCCGCCGGCUGCAGAACAGGGAGUGACGUUGUUGCCUUCAAUUAAGGAUGUUGAUAGUGUCGUGAGACCGUCGACAUGGCCAUUUGAGAUCAAAGAUGAGCCCGCUGGCGGCGCACCUUUGCUGUAUGUCCAUUUGUCGUUGUACACCGACGCGACAGUCAUCGCGUUAGGCUUACCCCAUGUUCUCGCCGACCAAAUGGGCGUUGCCAAUAUCAUGCGCGCAUGGUUCGAACUCGCCUACAAAAAUACCACACCACCCGAAAUGAUCGGCUACAAUGAGGACAUUUUCCAAACACCAACAACCAAAAAGUACGCCGAAUACCCGCACAACGAAAUCUAUCGAAAGGGCAAAACAAAGCUUCGUAAUGGAUGGGAAUAUAUAUUCGUGAUAAUGGGGUUCCUCCCAGAACUCAUAUUUAAUCGUACGGAAAGACAGCAUAUUGUAUUCUUCCCGAUGCCGAUGUUGGACGGAUUGAAGGAGAGGUACCGUAAGGAAUUAACGGCGCAGUAUGGUGCUGAUCCGGGAUUGAGUACGGGCGACAUCGUUAGUGCUAUUCUUACAAAGUUUUCGCGAAUGGCCGACAAGAAGAACCGAACCCUCACGCUCUCGCAACUCGUCAAUUUACGCGGCCGCCACCCAAACCUCACAUCCCCCGAAAAGCAAAGAAGCUACAUCCACAACGCCCUCCUCUACGUCUCCGCUCGGUUUCCGAUAAAGCCCACCACCCCCGUGUGCGAAAUCGCAUACCAAAACCGACAAGCAAUUGCCUCCUGCACCCUCGAAGAGAUCGAAAUUGUCCAAGCAGUCAUGCGCGAACAAGUGCGUAUAGGUCAAGCGACGCAUAUCUGUGAGCCGUUUGAGAUGUCAUAUUUUGUAACGAAUUGGUGUUUGGCCUGGAAGGGGUUGGAGGAUAUCUUCCCUGCUUCUGCAUCCGGGAGUAUUAGUGAGAAGACCGAGGAGAAGGAGACAGAAAACGAGAAGACGGAAGCUACUACUACCACCACCACCACUGCCGCGAAAACGAAGAUGAUGGUUCUGGGUCAUAGUAUGGAAAAGGCGACGCCUAAUCGAUUCAACACAACAAUAAUGUGCCAAACAGCCGAAGGCGUCUGGUGUGAUCUUGCGACGAACGAGAAAGCCAUGAAAUUGAUCGAGGAGUAUCUGAAGAAGGAUCCCAUGUUGGAGAAUUUCUAG